AUGGCUGCCGUCAUGUUCACUUCAGAUUCACCUUCCAGCGCUGAGAAAAAAGACAAGAGGACCGACCGGUUUCAGAGCAUCCAUCAGACGUCUUUCUCGUCCAAAGCAGGGUGUUGGAACCGGCAGAUCCUGCUGGCGACAGAAGUGAAGAUGGCUGGCCUGUGCUGGAUGGCUGUGGCGCUGGCCUUCUUCCUGUCUGCUGGAAACACUUUGGCUGCUGUGGACCAGAACUGGCUCACAAGUAUUGUAGAAGGAAUCCAGAAAGCGUAUGCACUAGGUGACAGCUUCAGUCUGGCUGUCAACGUCCCACAGAACCAAGAUCCAACCAGUCUUCAGGAAGUCCUAAAGGACGACCCAACAGACAAAGUGAGCCAAAGUGUUUCGCAGGGUCAGGUUUACCAGGGCAGCAGGGUGGUUGCAGCAGCACAACCCGAGGCACUGUCACGUGUUCUAGAAAACAUACAACCAUUUACUAAAAGCAGUCAGGGUAAUUUCCUCAUCAUCUACUCUGUACAAUCGCCCUGUGGUCCAACGUGUACAAGCACAAAUGAAGACGGUAUCAGUGGCAAGAUCAAUGACGUUACUCAGAACUGGAGUGGUUAUGCGUUUGUGUUUUCUAAUGUAGCCGAUGCUCCUGCUGCAGACAAGUCUCAACUGGCCCAAUCUUUUAAACAACUUGGGAUUUCCAAACUCGGACUCGACAACAUAUUCCGCUGUUACAAACCCGGAGAUGAUCCUUUCCAGUGCACCAGCUGCUCCUCAGGUGGAGAUGUUACACCCUCAUGUGUUGCAAACACAGACCUGUCAGAUCAAAAACAGGGCGCAGGUGAGGAAACAGGUACACCCAAACCAGAGGGCACAGGCACGGAAACAGGCACAGGCACAGAAACAGGUGCAGAAACAGGCACAGGCGCAGAAACAGGUGCAGGCACAGAAACAGGUGCAGAAACAGGCACAGGCGCAGAAACAGGUGCAGGCACAGAAACAGGUGCAGAAACAGGCACAGGCGCAGGCACAGGCGCAGGCACAGGCGCAGGCACAGGCACAGAAACAGCCAUAGGCACAGAAAUUGGCUCAGCCAUAGGCACAAGCAUAGGUGGAAGAAGUGGAGGGCGCAGAGGACAAGGCAGAGCUGGAAGAGUCAGCAGGUGCAAAGGCCGUGGCAAUCGUAAACGAGGCUGCAAGCGUAGAGGAGGCAGCGGGAGCAGAGGAGGUGGCUUGCGUAAAAAAGGGGGCAAGGUUAAAAAAGGACCCAAGCCAAGAAGAGGUGGCAAACGUAGAGGAGGUGGCAAACGCAGAGGAGGUGGCAAACGCAGAGGAGGUGGCAAACGCAGAGGAGGUGGCAAACGUAAAGGAGGUGGCAAGCGUAGAGGAGGUGGCAAACGUAGAGGAGGUGGCAAGCGUAGAGGAGGUGGCAAACGUAGAGGAGGUGGCAAGCGUAGAGGAGGUGGCAAACGUAGAGGAGGUGGCAAGCGAUGGGGGUAGAAUACGACUGGCGACUGAAAGGACUCGGCUAAAACAACUUAGUACGAACCUGAGACUCUGGGAAGCAGUCCCCUGAUGCUUACUGAGACAUAACCUUAUGCACUUGCUUCUUUUCCUUUCCGUAGAUUUAAUAAGUCUCUUCUCUGACAUUUGAAAUGAUCUUUCAUGCCAACGUCUAUAUGACGCCUCAGUUUACGCCCUGACACUGAAUGGAUCCAUUUUAUUUAGCAACCUAAAGGAUAAGGCUGCAGAUAGUCCAUAUUUUUCUUUCUGUCAGCAAUUCAGCUGAUAAAAAGACCAGCAACAAGUCCUGUGUGUGUAUCAAAGCCUGAUGUGUCUGACUCAGAUGAGCCUUUGAGCUCCACUGCUUCCAAAAACCAUUAAAAACACUUCAGUGAGCCACACUGUUACACUGGGUGACAUGUGACCACAGUUUCAUACAUUAAACUAUAGGGGUGAUGAAAUAAUGACUAAACAUGAAUUCGAGGCAUUCAGUCAGUGACUCAGCACUUAACAGUUUACUGACCCUCUCAAAUCCUCAGUGUUGAACUUUAUCUUUCCAAAAAUGAAAACAGCCUAAAUUUAAUAUCAGCUAUGACUUAAAUCUCAAUUCAAUCCUCAGUAAAUUAAAAAAACACCUGAGGUAAAAUAUACAGUUCAACAUUUGUCCAAAUAAACCCAAAACCCAUCUGUUAGCACGAUGUGGUCACUCGAAAUAUAUGGACCUCAAAAGAAAGUGAAGGAAGAGUAGUUUUGACGUUAUGGCAAAGAGGUUAACAUGCUAACCAGCUAACUGUGGCCCGUCCCAUCUCUUAAUAUCUCUUUCUACCUCAAGAGACGAUAGUGAGUCACUGUAGUGUUCAGUCAGUCCUCAGUCCAGCAUGAGAGGUUGUAGUCAUAAUAACUAUAGGAGUCCAUGAACCUGUUCAGUCGUCCUCUCAGAGACAUCCUGCCUCUUUCCUCAAGCUGUUGAUGCUGCUGCUCCAGCGUCUCUCCUUCACCUUCCUCCACCUCUCGAGACUCGCCCUCUACUUGAUGGUCCACCCGUCACAGAUGCAGCAGCCCAGCUGGAUCUAUCCCACUACGCCUGAUGGCCAGUGUGG